GCGGGAGUCCGCGCGGUGGCAGGUGGUGCUGCUGCUGCUGGUGGUGGUGGUGGUGCCGCUGUCAGAAGCUUCUGGAGCCCCCAAGGCCCCAACCGUCAUGUCCUGGCUUUUCGGACUAAAUAAAGGGCCGUCGGCCCCCACCGGCCUCGGGGACCUCACGCCGCCUCUUCCGCCGCCGCCGCCGCCCGGGGGAGCGGGAGGAGACGGGGACCACAAGCCCAAGGACAAAUGGAGUAACUUCGACCCGACCGGCCUGGAGCGCGCGGCCAAGGCGGCCCGAGACCUCGACUUGUCCCAUCAUUCCAAGGAUGCUUUGGACCUUGCUCGCAUGCAGGAACAAACUGUCCAGCUGGAGCAUCAAACCAAACUGAAGGAAUAUGAAGCUGCUGUGGAGCAACUGCGAGGCGAACAGAUCAAAUUGCAGGGUGAAGAGAAGCGCAAAACUCUGGGGGAAGAAACUCGGCAGCAUCAGGCACGAGCUCAGUACCAGGAUAAGUUGGCAAGACAGCGGUAUGAGGACCAACUUCGACAGCAGCAACUGUUGAACGAGGACAGCUUGAGGAAACAGGAAGAGUCUGUUCUGAAACAAGAAUCAAUGCGGAAAGCCACCAUUGAGCACGAGAUGGAAUUGCGACACAAGAACGAGAUGCUGCGGAUUGAGGCUGAAGCCAAAGCCCGUGCCAAGGUUGAAAGAGAGAACGCCGACCUGAUUCGAGAGCAGAUCCGGCUGAAGGCUGCAGAGCAUCGGCAAACUGUUUUGGAUUCGAUUAAGACAGCAGGUGCCGUGUUUGGGGAAGGAUUUCGUGCCUUUGUUUCUGACUGGGAUAAAGUGACUGCCACAGUAGCUGGCCUUACGUUGCUGGCUGUAGGCGUUUAUUCUGCCAAGAAUGCCACGGGAGUUGCUGGUCGCUAUAUUGAGGCGCGACUGGGCAAACCUUCGUUGGUGCGAGACACAUCCCGCCUCACAAUAGUGGAAGCACUCAAGCACCCGAUCAAGGUUGGAAAACGGUUCAUGAGCAAACCACAGGAUGCUUUGGAGGGAGUUGUACUCAGUCCCAAACUAGAGGAGCGUGUUCGAGAUAUUGCCAUAGCAACCAGAAACACCAAGAAGAACAAGGGGUUAUACAGAAACAUCCUCAUGUAUGGACCACCUGGAACAGGGAAAACUCUGUUUGCUAAGAAACUAGCCGUACAUUCUGGAAUGGAUUACGCUAUUAUGACAGGUGGUGAUGUGGCUCCCAUGGCCCGAGAAGGAGUCACAGCCAUGCACAAGGUCUUUGAUUGGGCUUCCACCAGCAAAAGAGGGCUUUUACUCUUUGUGGAUGAAGCAGAUGCAUUCCUUCGAAAAAGAUCAACAGAGAAGAUUAGUGAAGAUCUCAGAGCCACACUGAAUGCAUUCCUUUAUCGAACUGGGGAACAGAGCAACAAGUUCAUGCUGGUUUUGGCCAGUAAUCAGCCGGAGCAGUUUGACUGGGCUAUCAAUGAUCGAAUUGAUGAAAUAGUUAACUUUGAUCUGCCAAAACUUGACGAAAGGGAGCGACUUGUCAGGUUAUAUUUUGAUAAAUAUGUCCUGAAGCCAGCCACAGAGGGCAAACAGCGACUGAAACUGGCUCAGUUUGACUACAGCAAGAAAUGUUCCGAGCUUGCCAAGCUGACAGAAGGCAUGUCGGGCAGAGAGAUUUCUAAAUUAGGAGUAGCCUGGCAGGCUGCAGCAUAUGCGUCUGCGGAUGGUGUCCUGAAUGAAGCUAUGAUUGAUGCCAGGGUAGCAGACGCUAUUCGACAACACAAGCAGAAGAUGGAGUGGCUGAAGACUGAGGGCGGGGAGAAGACCAAAGGAGCCCAGCCUCCUGCACAUUCGCCAUCCGAGGGGACAUCAGUAUGACCGACCGUGCCAACUCUGCACACACUGUAGCCGGGAUGAGGAAACCCUGAUUUGAACUGAACUGUUAUCAGCGUAAAAC